UGGGACAUUUAACAUGAAUGUAACAGGUGGUAUCUCUCACAUUUUGGAGAUAACAAUUCUCUUAGAAAUUUAAAGAAAGUUCCAACCUGCUUCUCAGCAGUGAAGAAAGCACCACCAACCAUGAAAAUUUAUAUAUUCUUAUGUCUGAUCGGCGUGGCAUGGGGCCGCCGCCGAAACCCGAUGGAAAACCCAGAUCUGUAUCAAGGUGACAUUGCUGGUGUUGAAAACAUUUUCGACAGAAAUGGUGUGCCCUUAAAAAGAAUGCAAUGGCCACAAGGUAUCAUUCCUUACAGAAUCGACCCUGGAUUAGGUUACUUAAGAACUAGGAUUCUACAAGCCAUGAAGCACAUUGAAGAUAAAACGUGCAUUACUUUUAUAAGGCAAACCACACAAUCUGGUUACAUAAGAAUUUUUCCUGGAGACGGGUGCUACUCCCACUGGGGUCGAACUGGAGGCGCUCAACCAGUAUCUCUUGGUGAUGGUUGUGAACCAUUGGGAACCAUCAUUCAUGAAUUGAAUCAUGCCAUUGGAUUUGAUCAUGAACAAAACAGAUCAGACAGAGACAGCUACCUCAUUAUAUUUUGGGAAAACAUUAUGAAGGGAUUUGAAGACCAGUUUGACAAACUUCGACCCAGUCAGGAGCGAUCAAUUAACAGCUUCGAUUAUGACUCUAUCAUGUUGUACGGUGAGAUGGCUUUCUCAAGAGAUGGACGCUCCAAGACCAUGAUUGCAAAGCAAAGAGGUAUACGACUGAUUGAGCCAUACGACAAGAGGGGACUCAGCAAGAGUGACGCCUACAGGAUAAAUGUCCUCUAUGAUUGUCCAAAUACUAGAUAAUUCUUUUCAUUUAUGAUUUUGUUUACAAGCAUAAGAAAUAAAAAAUUCAUAAAAUAA